CCCGGACUUGUUUUAGUUUUAUUGGCUGGUUUACUGUUAUCCAUCUUUAAGAACCUGAAGAAGCACUUAUUCUCACAGUCCAACUUGGUCGAUGGAUGAGCAGGGAUUUGCAUCAUAACUUCUGGAAGGUUAUUAAAUUCCAAUCCACAACAAGGAAAAUGAUUCUUACUUUCAUUUAGGAAACUCAUGAUUGACACUGUGUUCCAAGUAAGCUGAAGUUAUGAAUCACCGUCAAGAGAAAUUUGUGAGGUUUCAAGACGGGAGUCCAGAGAGAUCUUCAAGCUCUGAGAGGCAAUAUUUCACGAAAGAUAUACUGUAUUCAGGAAAAAUUAAAACAGCACUAGGCUCAGUUUCAGAAAGGAUUCAAAGAGGAUUUGAAAGGGCUUCUGAAGGGAUUAAGAAUAUUAGGAAGUCAUUAAAGAUCCAGUCCCUAGAUGAUCCAUUGGUAAAAGACUCUGGGUCUAGGAAGAAAAUUCUUGACCCACAGGGGUCAUUUCUUCAGAAAUGGAACAAAUUAUUUGUUUUGUCAUGUGUGAUUGCAGUGUCUUUGGAUCCGUUGUUCUUUUAUAUCCCAGUGGUUGAUGGUAAUGCCAAAUGUCUUGGUUUGGAUAAGAAGUUGGAGAUAACUGCCAAUGUUGUUCGUUCUUUCACCGAUAUUUUUUAUAUACUUCACAUCAUCUUUCAAUUCCGUACUGGUUUCAUUGCUCCUCCUUCUCGAGUAUUUGGAAGAGGUGUUUUGGUUGAAGAUCUAUUGGCCAUAGCAAAACGCUACUUGUCAUCGUACUUCCUAAUUGACAUUCUUGCAGUUCUUCCACUCCCACAGGUAGUAAUUUUGAUUGUCAUCCCCAGAUUGAAGGGCUCAAAAUCUUUGAAUACAAAGAACUUGUUGAAGUUUGUUGUUCUGUUCCAGUAUGUGCCAAGGCUUCUUCGAAUCCAUCCACUAUAUAAAGAAGUUACAAGAACUUCAGGCAUACUUACUGAGACUGCUUGGGCUGGAGCUGCUCUUAAUCUUUUUCUUUACAUGCUUGCAAGCCAUGUACUUGGGGCCUUUUGGUACUUGUUUUCAAUUGAACGAGAAUAUACAUGCUGGAGAGAUGCUUGUCAGAAGCGAUCUGACUGUGAUAUUCAUUAUAUGUACUGUGGUGAUGGUAGCAUUGACAAGUCAUUUCUAAAUACUGCUUGUAAUCAUACGGAUCAGGAUCCGCCCUUUAAUUUUGGAAUAUUCCUUGGUGCUCUUCAGUCUGGUGUGGUGAAUUCAAACGAUUUCCCACAGAAGAUCUUUUACUGCUUUUGGUGGGGCCUGCGCAAUCUGAGUUCUCUUGGGCAAAACCUGGAAACAAGUACUUUUGUUUGGGAGAUAGCAUUUGCGGUCUUUAUUUCCAUCUUCGGUUUGGUUCUCUUUGCGUUUCUCAUAGGCAAUAUGCAGACAUAUCUGCAGUCCACUACUGUUAGACUAGAAGAGAUGAGACUGAAAAGGCGAGAUGCAGAACAAUGGAUGUCCCACCGUUUGCUACCUGACAGCCUGAGGGAACGGAUCAGGCGGUAUGAACAGUACAAGUGGCAAGAAACAAGAGGUGUUGAUGAAGAGGAUCUCCUGUGUAACCUUCCCAAGGACCUCAGAAGAGACAUAAAGCACCAUCUCUGCUUGGCUCUACUAAUGAGAGUGCCAAUGUUUGAAAAAAUGGAUGAACAAUUAUUGGACGCAUUGUGUGAUCACCUCAAACCAGCACUCUACACAGAGGAAAGCUUCAUUGUCCGUGAAGGGGAUCCAGUUGAUGAGAUGCUCUUCAUCAUGAGGGGAAAGCUAUGGACUGUGACUACAAAUGGCGGAAGGACUGGUUUCUUCAACUCUGAAUAUCUGAAGGCUGGGGACUUCUGUGGAGAAGAGCUGCUGACAUGGGCGUUGGAUCCCCACUCAUCUUCCAACCUUCCCAUCUCAACCAGAACGGUGAAGGCCCUUAGUGAGGUUGAAGCCUUCGCUCUCAAGGCAGAGGACUUGAAGUUUGUGGCUUCACAGUUUCGAAGGCUUCACAGCAAACAGCUCCGACACACUUUCAGGUUCUACUCACAGCAGUGGAGGACAUGGGCAGCCUGUUUCAUACAAGCAGCUUGGCGCAGGUACUAUAAGAAGAAAGUAGAAGAGUCUCUACGUGAGGAGGAAGACAGGUUGCAGGAUGCAUUGGCCAGGGAGGGAGGCAGCUCUCCAAGCCUUGGUGCCACCAUUUAUGCCUCACGGUUUGCUGCUAAUGUAUUACGUGCUAUAAGGCGUAGUGGUGCAUGCAAAGCGAGGGUCCCAGAGAGAUUACCACCCUUGUUGCUUCAGAAGCCUACAGAACCUGAUUUUACUGCCGUAGAUCAUUAGGGAGGAAAGAUCCUCCUUUGGCAUGCUAUAUUUUUGUGUUUACAUGUAAAGCUUGAAUAAUUAAAAAAAAAAUAUA